AUGAUUGUCGAUGUUGUUAUUAUAAAUGAUAGUGAUUACUUUGCAUAUGGUGCUAAGACGAUUAUUCGAAAUUCUGAUAUUGAUAUAAAGUCAAUUUCAUUUGAUAUUUAUGAUCGAAAUGAAAUUCAAUCAGCAUGUUAUCUAAAUCAACGUUCGUUAUUAACACUUGCAUUAAUUCUCGGUUCGGAUUAUGACAGGCAAGAUAUACACACUAUUAAUCUUAAAAAUGCACUGAAAUUUCUUCAACUAACAUCAACAAAUGUUGAUCCUGUUAGUUAUUUAUGUACAAUUUUAAUAUGUAGCAAUCCACAAAAUAAAUAA